AUCGGCACUAUUUACGUCAGCCACGUUGGAAGUGCCAACUUGGUGUUUUUAUGUAAAGUUGGUGCAUCAAGAUGAAGUUGAAGGAACUGAAGAGGACGGUGAACGUGAGCUGGUCGCCAGCGGAGCAUUAUCCGACGAUGCUGGCGGCCGGCUCGGCGGCCCAGCAAGUCGAUGCAUCAUUUAGUUCAAACUCCUAUUUGGAACUUUAUUCGUUGAAUUUAGAAGACCCGGGUCUAGAUUUAGAACUGAAGGCGUCUUUACAGACCCAACACAAAUUUCAAAAAAUUGUAUGGUCAGGAGCAGGGACCAUAGUUGGAGGCUGUGAUGGAGGUCUCUUAGAGUUUUAUAAUGCAGAAAAAGUUCUGAAUAACUCGUCAGAUGCACUCGUUGGAAGUAGUACAAAACAUAGUGGCCAUGUCUCAGCGUUAGACAUAAACCCAUACCAAAAAAACUUGCUAGCGUCCGGAGCGUCCGACAGUGAGAUAUUCAUAUGGGACCUGAAUAACACAAGUCAACCGAUGGCUCCGGGGAACAGGAGUCAGCCGUACGAUCAUGUGCAGGGGCUGGCGUGGAAUCAACAGGUGCAACACAUUCUAGGAUCUACAUUUGCAACUAGAUGUCUUGUUUGGGACCUGAGAAAAAAUGAACCUAUAAUGAAAUUAAGCGACUCGCAGUCCCGCACGCGGUGGCGCAGCGUGUGCUGGCACCCGGCGGUGGCCACGCAGCUGUGCCUCGCGUCCGAGGACGAUCAGGUGCCCGUGCUGCAGAUUUGGGACUUGCGGCUAGCGGCGUCCCCGCUGGUGACGCUGGAAGGGCACAGCAAGGGCGUGCUGAGCGCCGCCUGGAGCGCGCACGACGCGGGCCUCCUGCUCAGCGCUGCUAAGGACGGUCGGCUGCUCUGCUGGGACCCCACUAAUACCAAACCCGGUGGUGAGCUGGUGAUGGAAGUGAGCCAGCAGGGGCAGUGGGUGUUCGACGUGUCGUGGUCGCCGCGCGUGCCGGGCCUGCUCGCCGCCGCAUCCUUCGACCAGAGCGUCGUGCUGCACACGCUGCUGGGCGGCUCCCGACCUGACUGCCAAAGUGCCGUGGCACAAAGCAACAUAAUGGAGUCGUUCGGCGGCGCGGACUCGUUCCUGGCGCUGCCGGCGGUGAGCCGCGCGCCGCCCGCCGCGCGCCCCGCGCCGCACCCGCCGCGCGCCCCAGCUUGGCUGCGCACGCACAGCGCCGCCAGAUUCGCGUUCGGUGGUAAAUUAGUAACAUUCGGAAAAUGUCCCCAAGAAGGAGGAGCAAAAAAUGUAGUGGAAAUAAGUCAGGUCGUGAGUGAACCAGAGUUGGUGGAGAAAUCAGUUGAGUUGGACCAAGUGCUCGCUCUCACACUCAGCAGGGACCCGCAGGCAGCGGAAAGACUGGCUGAGUAUUGCCGCGAGCGUGGAGACGCUGCCACAGAUCAGGACGAGCGCUACAGGUGGUUCUUCUUGCGCGCCAAUUUCUUGCCGACAUUCCGCACUGAAGUAUUGAAUUUGCUUGGUUAUAAGCAAGACGAAAUACCAUCGAAGUUCAAAGCACAGAACGUUGGUGACACUCAAACGGACACAGCAUUUUUGAGUCGAGGCGAGUCGACUGAGACGGAAGCUGAGUUGUCCACAGACACAAGUACCGACUUAUCUGACGCGCACACUUUGAUCGAAAGAAAGCUAGCUAAUCUGGACUUGGAGCCAACAGUUGAUAACAUCAACAUACCUUCCGGAGAAGACACGACGAGCACGAUCUGCCGCGCGCUGGUGUGCGGCAACCUGGAGGAGGCGGUGGAGCUGUGCCUCGACGCCAAGAGAGUGGCUGAUGCACUUAUUAUAGCUUCUUUAGGCAGCCAAGAGCUAGUGUACAAGGUGCAGCGCUACCACCUGAACCAGACCGCAUCGGACCCGGUGUCGCUGCUGAGCGGCUGUCUGCUGCGGCAGCGCUGGGACGCGCUCGUGCGCAGCGCCGCGCCGGCCGCCUGGCGCCACGUGCUGGCCGCGCUCGUCGCCCAUUGCGAGCCGCCCGCCCUGCCGCACUACUGUGAACUCCUCGGCAACAAGCUGUCCGAAGAAUCAGACCCGGCUCUAAAGAAAGCGGCGCAGCUGUGCUACGUUGUGGCCGCGGCGGGCGACGCGCUCGCUUCGCGUCUGUUGCGCGAGCGAAGCGGGAGCGGUUCGAAUGAUAGCGAUUUGGCCGCGUUGACGCAGCGAGCGCAGUUGGCGCUGCUGUUGAAGACCGCUGCGGAGACUAGAGGCAGGCCAGUGCAGGAGGGAGGUAGUUUAACAACAUUGCUAUCGGAAUACGCAGGGCGCUUAGCAUCUCAAGGAUGCUUGCAAAGCGCGCUCACAGCGUUGCAAGGAUCGAAGUCGGAGCUCACGGACCGACUGACAAAUGCAUUGAGGUUGCAUUCGCAGCAACAACAACAUCAGCAACAGCACCAUCCGCAGCAACAACAUCAGCAACAGCAACAACAACAGUACGGUCUGCGGUCGCGCACGACAAGCGAACAUUCUCAAAAACGACAGCCUAUUAACAGCUAUAUUAAUAACCCGCCACAAGUACCACUGAGCCAAUGGUCGGAAGGCAACCAGCAGAGAAGUGCUCCCUUGCCGCAGCCGCCAUUGCAGCAGUCGAGACCCGGCAGUGUGGGACCGCAACCUGGUGGUAUAACAUCGCGGUCCAAAUACAAAGUGGACCCAUCGGUGCAAUCAGCGCCACUAUACAAUCAAUACGGAUUCAACAAUCCAAUCACAUCUCAACCAUCGUACGGCUACAACAGCCCUCUUCCCGACCAAUAUGGUUCGUCUAGCGUGCCAUCAUCCAACUUUACACCAAUCAAUCAACCGAACAACAUGAAUCCAAAUCCAAUGAAUCCAAUGAAUCCGCUUAAUCCAAUCAAUCCAAACAUGAAUCAGAUGAAUCCGAACAUGAAUCAAGUGAAUCAAAACAUGAAUCCAAUGAAUCCGAACCAAUCCGGUCAGAUGAAUGGUAAUUACUACGGACAGGAAGCGACUGUCCCUGAGCCGAGCAAGCCUAUGGCACCGGGAUGGAAUGACCCUCCAGUUUUAACCUCGAAACCUAAGCCAAAACAAGAAGUGCAGCAACAAGCACCAAUAACACAUCCGCUGUUCGGCGUAGAGCCGGCACAGCAUAUCCCACUUAACCCUUCGUUCCCGGGACAACAACAAUACCCAGGGCAACAAUUACCUGGACAACAACAGUUCUCCGGGCAACAGUUCCCUGGACAACAGCAGUUCCCUGGACAACAACAAUUCCCAGGGCAACAGCAGUUCCCAGGACAACAGUUUCCUACGACUCAAAUGCCCACGCCAUAUGGACAAAUGUAUCAAGAGUCAUAUCAGACGCAGGGCUCGGAUCAGUAUCAAGGACAAUAUCAGCAGGCGUAUCAACAGGAAGAGACUCCAGCACCAGCUCAACCGGUGCCGGUACAAAAGGGCCCGAUACCGGAGCAGCAUGUUAUUCUGCAGACUGUAUUCGAUCAGCUCAGGAAUGACUGCUUGAACAAUACCAAUAAUGCGAUGACGAAACGAAAGUUACAAGAUAUACAGAAGAAGUUGGAGAACCUCUACGACCUAUUGCGGGAAAAUAAGCUGGCAGAUAGUUCCCUCACGUCCCUCCACUCGUGCGUGCAGUACAUUCAGAGCGGGAACUACGCGCUGGCGCAGCACGUGGUGACGUCACUCGCUGGGGACGUCGACUUCGCUCUAGUGGCCACCUUCCUGCCGGCUCUGAAGAUGUUGAUAACAUUCGCGAGUGAUUCCCGGUAGUUGAAGAUUGUACAGCGCUUAAUCGAACUUUCUAGAAGGAAGAAAAUGCGGUCGGCUUUUAAACAAUGUAAUUGAUUCGAAUAAGCGAACGUUCUAGAACGACCGUUGAUGCCUUUUGAAUAAAGUAACCGAUUUGUCAAUUUUGUGUUUGAUUGUAGACGAGUUUUGCUAGAAUUGAAACGUUAAAAUAUGCUAAUAAUCUAUAUGUCACGUUCUUUCGCGUUUCCUAUAACUUUUCGGCUAAUACAAAUUAUAUUGUAUAAAAUAUAGUCUCAUAGUGUUACUUUUAUAUAGUUGAAUUAUACAGUGACGUUAUUUUAUAAAUAUGAAAAAUAUAUUAAAUAUUGUAUGUUCUUGAUGCACCAUUUUGCUUCCAGUGCUCUUUUAAUUGCAUUAUUUUAUAUAAAUUUAAUACUUUUAUUUCGGCUAUGUUGUAUAUUCACCAUU